UUUACUUUUACGCUUGGGGAUUCCCCAUAUUAUGAGUUAUGUGUAUAUAUUUAAGAGCGCAGUUGAUCUUUAUACGAAGUUACAACCAGGACCAUGUCUUACUUCGCGAAAUCAUUCGUGUGCUUUGUCAUAUUAGCUGCGGCGCAUGGUGUCAAACGUGAGAUACGCUCCAUUAGUGGCGAGGACGUCGUUUUGCGCUGUGCAGCGUCAUCAAAUCAAGAUGUCCAGUAUCGGUCGGUGAUAUGGUACAAGGUUAUUGAAGAGCCUUCCCGACAGUUAACUGGUCUUGUAAUGAAGAAACUGACUCAAAGCGAUAGCAAAGUUGAAAAAUAUAAAGGCAUUGAACGAGAGAUGGAGUUAAUUGAGAACUCAAAGCACCUUCUUCUGCCGAAUGUGACCAUAGAAGACAGUGGUAUUUACAGUUGCUUUUUAUAUGCUCCCCUCGGCCAACAGAACCAGGAAGGGGAUGUCCUUCUAAAGGUCUAUGAGCAUCCUACAGUAGAAGAAAGGCAGCUGACUGAAAAUGAUACAAUUUAUGUCAUGAUGGCUAUAACAGUACUUGUGUUGGCACUCCUCAUGUUGUGCAUAAGCUAUGUUUGUGUAAGGAAUGUACCUCAAGGCAACAAGAAGCUCACAAAAGACUUUCUUCUGCAAUGGCCUCGUCAGGGCAAGGGCGUGAUCGUCACUUUGCCAUCCAAAAAUUUGGUUUGCAAGACUUUACCUGAAGUGUAUGUGUGAUAGUAGAGUCAGUGUUCAUUAGAAAUCACACAAAUCUUUCUGGACUGGGCAUCCGCAUUGAACAGAGCAAGUGCUGAAGAGGACUAUACACUACAUAGCUUGCAUAGUAACUCUAAUGGUCAGAAAGUGUUAAAAACAUACAUGCACUAGAGUUUCAACAUCAUCUGCACCAUCAUUUGAAAACUGCAUCUGCACAUCUUUAGAGCUGAAGCUUGAGGACAACUUUCUUCUUUGUGAAUGUUGCUUGAUCUUGAGUGUAGACAAACACCCUGAAAGUUGAGUGUGGCAGGGCGGAGUGCGGGGCCGGGUCGUGAUCCUACACACCCGGUCCCGUAUUAGGUUAAUCAAGCCUCCCGAGAGGGAUAAAGGUCGACUGCAGAGGAUCGUGCAGGAGAGAGAAAUAGUUUACGGACAUGUCCGUCAUGUGUGUUUGUGUCCUUGUUUUAAGUUUCUCAUUAAAAUAUUAUUUAUAUCGUCAAGCCGGUUCUCGCCUCCUCCUUUCCAUUGAUCCCUUUACAUGGAGUUAUAAGAUCAAUGAAAAUUCUCAUUAUUGAUCAGCCGCCAACAAAAUCAAAGGCAGAUAUUGCGUGAUUCACAUUCAUGUGCCUUGUUGCUGAUAAAUUGAAUGCAAUGGAUUCCAAUAUUAAGCUGCAUUCACACUGCCAGCGAUAUGCAGCGACAAAACAACCUCAUCUCAUUAAUUUUUAAUGAGAGCUGGCGACUUCCGGCAACACGAGCGACAGUGACCUUUGGCGCCCGGAUGUGGGUGUAUCCAGCAACGCGACAAAGUUGAGAAAUGUUUAACUUUAUGCAGAUGGAGAGCGACUUUCGGGAGUGACAGCCAAUGCGAGAGAAGAUGGUAGAUCUCAUGUGAUCCUGCUAUUUUAAUAAUAUUAAUUGUAAAGAAACCGUGCUGUUUAGAAUCUCCAUAGACACCACUAGCGACCUAACCGGCAGCCAAUGGCGUCAUGCAGCGACAAAGUAACUGGCAGUGUGAACGCGGCUUUAGUCCACCCCUAGCACUGCGCAUGUCUAUUGUUGUCGUACAACAUUAUUGUACAAUGUAUAUUGUAUCAUAGAAUCAGUAGCUGAGAAAUGUUAAUGUUAUCACUCCUGAUUUCUGAUAACGUUCUGUUAAGACACUAUUUUGGUCUUGUGUAAUUUAUGAAUUAUUACAGUAAACAUGUAAAUACUUUUUCAUUAUCCACAUUAAAAAGUUUUUCAGGUCGAAUGUAAUGUCUAACAUGACCAGUGUAUCAGUUUGAGUAAUAAAGUAAUAUGU